UUUAAAGAAUUUCUCACUCAGUUUAAUAAAUUAUCAGAAGCGUGUUUCUUAGAUUGUAUCACAGAUUUUACUACUAGAAAAGUUACCAAUACAGAGGAGACUUGUGCUUUCAAUUGUUUAGAAAAAUUCUUAAAAGUUACUCAGAGAAUAUCUCAGCGUUUUCAAGAACAUCAGAUUCUACAAGCAGGAGGUGGCAGUGUACCUGAUUCUAUGGUAAAGAAAUAG